AUGCGCCUCGGUGGCUCCAAACACACACUCCUCAUCCCUCAGCAUCUUUCAGUUGUGCAUGCCUUCAUAAGCUCCACCCUCGGAAUUUUCCUUUGUACGCCUUAUCCCGUCGAUCCCUCCUCCCCUGUUACCCUUCGAAUGCUCGUCCUUGCCAAUCUACCCUCAAGUCAUCCCAAAUUGUUUGUCGUCCUCAAAGCCCCUCUGCCCACCAGGUUGCCAUUCACUCCACAACUCUUCAACUACUGGCCGCCUCUGGGUUCUCUACUUUACUCACUCUCCAGCUUUCUUGAGCCCACGCGCGACUCCUUGUAUCGCGUUUAUCGCCUUCUCGAGUCAACGACCUUCACCUAG